AUGGCUGGCGGCAGACGGGACUGGUGUGAUCGAGCAUGUAAUUCGCCUGGCCGUGGCUAUCUCGUCGGCCUCGCUAUCCUCACCUAUCACCUGAGCUACAAGCGUGGGGUUGGUGACGGCGCUACAAUUGCGAUUGCUGACACCAGUGAGCUUGCACUUGGUGAUGCCGGUCAGCUUGCAUUUUGUACCAUCGGUAAUAUUGCAUUUCAGGAUGCCGGUGAGGUUGCGGUCGAUGCUGCUGGUGGGGUUGGGAGAAAUGAAGAUUGGUGUGAACGAGCAGGGUCUAAAGAUGUAUCGGGCAUCCAGCUCCUCGGACUUGCCGGAGCUUAA